AUGAGAGAAAAUUGGGUAGAUAUUUAUGCAACUUCAGCGGGUAGUGUCAAUUUCAACUCGAUAUCAAACAAUCGAUUAAAAUGGUUUCAGGAAAGAAGAACUAGAUGGUUGAUACUUUUCGGCAUUGUUUUGACAUUUGUUCUAACAAGUAUUAUCGUUCCUAUAACGAUUGCUCUUACAAAAAAGAAUACCACACUACAAACAACAGCAACAUCAGCAACACAAGUUGCAUCAACAGUGUCCACAACAAUGCAAGUGUCGAAUAUCCCGAAGUGGAAAGGAAAUGGGAUAACGAUUGUUGGAGGAAACGAAUACAACAGUACUAGCAAUCGAUUAUCUGAUCCAAUGGGUCUUUGUAUUGAUGAUGAUCGAAAAAGUAUUUAUAUUGCUGAUCAGAGCAAUCAUCGUAUCGUUGAAUACAAAUUUAACGGAACCCAAGGAGAAGUUGUUGCUGGUGGAAAUCAACCAGGCAGUCGGUUAGAUCAAUUGAAUGUUCCCAAAGAUGUGGUGAUUGAUAAAAAGCACGACUCUCUCAUCAUUUGUGAUUACGCGAAUGCGCGAGUCGUACGAUGGUCUCGUCAAAACCAAAGCCACCAAGAACUUAUUCUUUCAGACGUUCGUUGUUAUGGUUUAGCGAUAGAUCGCGAUGGCGAUCUUUAUAUUUGCGAUUGGGGGAGAAGCAAAGUGAUACGUUGGAAAGAAGAAAACCGCAACGUGACAGUUGUAGCAGGAGGCCAUGGAUAUGGAAAGGAUCUCAAUCAACUAGCUGGCCCUAGCUACAUUUUCGUUGAUGGAAAGUUUUCAGUCUUCGUCAGCGAUACGAGUAAUAAUCGCAUUAUGAAAUGGUCUCAAAAUAGCGAAGCAGGUAUCGUUGUUGCUGGUGGACGCGGACAAGGGAACAAUCUAACACAGUUAUCCGCUCCUAUGGGGAUCUUUGUCGAUGAUUUAGGCAACAUGUACAUAGCAGAUAGUGGGAACAUACGAAUAAUGUAUUGGGCAGUAGAUACAAAAGAAGGAACUAUUCUCAUUAGUCAAUACGGUAAUGGAGAAUAUCCAAUUCAAUUUGUGAAUCCUACUUCUAUAUCAUUCGAUAGUAAGAAUAAUCUUUACGUUUCUGACACGGGCGCGCAUCGUGUACGGAAGUUUAAGAUUGAUCGAAAUUAA